ACCUACCGUAUAGGACGUUCUCUCUCUCUCUCUGAGCUCUCCUCCUGCAUUAAUCCAGUCUAGCCCCCUUCUCUCUCUCCUCCCCGUUCACUCCCCUACCCUUGGCUGGCAGACCGACUGACGCACCACUGUGUACCAGGCCCUGUUGUUAGAACCCACCCAGCCAUAGCCCUGACUGGGGUGGUCUAGCUAUCUCCGUUUCUCUCUGUUGCUCGAAGCGGAUACUCCUUGCAUGGAUACACUGAGGGAAGCUGUUAGCUGAUAUUAACGGAAGGAAAAAUAUCAAGGAGGAACCCACUGCGGUUGUUGAAUUCGAGGUGGUUUGGUGUCCCCUCCUGACUGAACUCCUCUAUAAACACGUCGCCCCCCACUGACAGGAAGCAUGGCGGGGGCUUCAGUGAAAGUGGCAGUCCGAGUCCGUCCCUUCAACUCUCGAGAGAUCGGGAAGGAGAGCAAGUGCAUCAUCCAGAUGACAGGGAACACCACAACGAUCCUAAACCCCAAACAGCCGAAGGAGAACAAGAGCUUCAACUUCGACUACUCCUACUGGUCACAUACCACGCCGGACGACAUCAACUAUCAUUCACAGAAGCAGGUGUACAAAGACAUUGGAGAGGAGAUGUUGCUGCAUGCCUUUGAGGGCUACAACGUGUGUAUCUUUGCAUAUGGCCAGACUGGAUCUGGGAAGAGCUACACCAUGAUGGGCAAGCAGGACCAGAAGGACCAGCAAGGCAUUAUCCCUCUGCUGUGCGAGGACCUCUUCACCAAGAUCAGUGACAGCAAUACCGACAACAGCUUGUCCUACUCCGUAGAGGUGAGCUACAUGGAGAUCUACUGUGAGCGUGUGCGUGACCUGCUGAACCCGAAGAACAAAGGGAACCUGCGUGUGAGAGAGCACCCCCUGAUGGGGCCCUACGUGGAGGACCUGUCGAAACUGGCCGUCACCUCCUACAACGACAUCCAGGACCUGAUGGAGUCUGGCAACAAGGCCAGGACGGUGGCAGCCACCAACAUGAACGAGACCAGCAGCCGCUCUCACGCUGUCUUCAACAUCAUCUUCACUCAGAAGAAACACGACAUGGAUUCAGAGAACACGUCUGAGAAGGUGAGCAAGAUCAGCCUGGUGGAUCUGGCUGGGAGUGAGAGAGCCGACUCUACAGGAGCCAAAGGAACCAGGCUGAAGGAAGGAGCAAAUAUCAACAAAUCUCUAACCACACUGGGAAAAGUCAUCUCUGCUUUAGCUGAAGUGGACUCCGCCCCAAAUAAGAACAAGAAGAAGAAGAAGGUGGAGAGCCAUAUCCCAUACAGAGACUCAGUGCUGACCUGGCUACUGAGAGAGAACCUGGGAGGUAACUCUCGCACCGCCAUGGUGGCAGCCCUCAGCCCUGCUGAUAUCAACUAUGACGAGACCCUGAGCACCCUCAGGUAUGCAGACCGCGCUAAGCAGAUCCGCUGUAACGCUGUUAUCAACGAGGACCCCAACAACCGUCUGGUGCGUGAGUUGAAGGAGGAGGUGUGUCGCCUCAAGGACCUCCUCUUUGCUCAGGGUCUGGGAGAUAUCAUAGACACGUAUCGAUGUCCUGGUCCUGUGAUAGCUGGUUUGAAAAACUUGUGUGAUUACAACAACUUUGUCAAUAAACGCCAGGCUGUCAAUCAAAUGGGUGAUCUAUCCACAGUGACCAAUGCCAUGACUGGGAUGAGCCCCUCCCCCUCACUCUCUGCUCUGUCCAGCCGCGCGGGCUCCAUGGCAAACCUGCAUGACCGCAUCUUCAGCCCCGCCUCUGAGGAGGCCAUAGAGAGACUCAAGGAAACAGAGAAAAUCAUUGCAGAGCUCAAUGAAACAUGGGAGGAGAAGCUGCGCCGUACUGAAGAUAUCCGGAUGCAGAGGGAAGCCCUACUGGCUGAGAUGGGUGUGGCCAUGAGGGAAGAUGGAGGCACCGUGGGCGUGUUCUCCCCCAAGAAGACCCCUCACCUGGUGAACCUAAACGAGGACCCGUUGAUGUCUGAGUGCUUACUCUACUACAUCAAAGAUGGGACCACCAAGGUGGGUCGUGAGGACGCCAGAAGUCGCCAGGACAUUGUGCUUAGCGGCCAUUUUAUCCAGGACGAGCACUGCACCUUCAGCAGCACCACAGGCCCCGGGGGAGAAGAUGAUGAUGACACAGGGAACGUCUUCCUGGAGCCCUGCGAGGGGGCGGAGAUCUAUGUCAACGGGAAACUGGUGACCAUGCCUACUCUGCUUCGCUCAGGGAACCGCAUUAUCAUGGGGAAGAGCCAUGUGUUCCGCUUCAAUGACCCGGAGCAGGCGCGGCAGGAGCGGGAGAGGACGCCCUUCGCUGAGACCCCCGUGGAGCCCGUGGACUGGGCCUUCGCCCAGAGAGAGCUGCUGGAGAAACAGGGCAUCGACAUGAAGCAGGAGAUGGAGUCAAGGCUUCAAGAGUUAGAAGAUCAGUACCGCAGAGAACGAGAGGAGGCCAGUAACCUUCUGGAACAACAGAGACUGGACUAUGAGAGUAAACUGGAGGCCCUGCAGAAACAGGUGGACAGAAACUCCCGUUGCCUGGAGCCCCCAGAGGAAGAGGAGGAGCCUGAGGAGGAAGUUUUUCCCAUAGUUCCAUGGACCAAGUGUGAGACGGAGCUUGCACUGUGGGCCUUCCGUAAGUGGCGUUUCUACCAGUUUACCUCCCUCAGGGACCUGCUGUGGGGAAACGCCAUCUUCCUCAAGGAAGCCAACGCCAUCAGUGUGGAGCUCAAGAAGAAGGUCCAGUUCCAGUUUGUGCUGCUGACCGACACUCUGUACUCCCCACUGCCCCCGGACCUGCUGCCCCCCAGCGUGACCAAGGAGAGGGAGAGACAGCCCUUCCCCCGCACCAUCGUAGCAGUGGACAUCCAGGACCAGAAGAACGGGGCCACACACUACUGGACCCUGGAGAAACUCAGGCAGAGGCUGGACCUGAUGAGGGAGAUGUACGACCGUGCGGCGGAGGUGCCCAGCAGCACUGUGGAGGACUGUGACCAGGCCCUGACCGGGGGAGACCCCUUCUAUGACCGCUUCCCAUGGUUCCGUCUGGUGGGCAGGGCCUUUGUGUACCUGAGUAACCUGCUGUACCCCGUGCCCCUGGUGCACCGUGUGGCCAUCGUCAGUGAGAAGGGAGAGGUGAAGGGCUUCCUCAGGGUGGCAGUGCAGGCCAUCUCAGCUGAUGAAGAAGCCCCUGACUACGGCUCUGGUGUCAGACAGUCAGGAACUGCCAAGAUCUCCUUUGAGGACCAACAGUUUGAGAAGGUAGAAUCAUUCCAGACAGAGUCGUGUUCUGGCAGCAUGUCUCACUCUAACACCUCCCAAGAGGAGCUCCGCUUUGUUGAGGGGGAGGGACAGACCUCUGACAUAGGAGCUGACCCUGACGAGGUCAACAACAACACCUGUGCUGACUUGUCCCCCGUCACAGCCACUCCGGAGGCCCCUCAGAGCCCGUUGAAGGGGGUUCUGGGUCUGGAACUACCCAUGGAGCUGAACCACGAGAAGGCCCUGUCCCACCUCCGCAUCGGAUCCACUUUCACCUUCAGGGUCACCGUGCUGCAAGCCUCCAGCAUCUCUGCCGAAUAUGCCGAUAUCUUCUGCCAGUUCAACUUCAUCCACCGACAUGACGAGGCGUUCUCCACUGAGCCACUGAAGAACACAGGCAGGGGACCUCCUCUGGGAUUCUACCAUGUACAAAAUAUCACGGUAGAGGUCACCAAGUCGUUUGUGGAGUACAUCAAGACCCAGCCCAUCGUCUUCGAGGUGUUUGGUCACUACCAGAAACAGCCGUUCCCACCUCUCUGCAAAGACCUCAUCAGUUCGAACUUUUUUUACAGUCCCCUUCGACCUUCUAGGAGGCAAUUCCCGAGGGUCAUGCCCUUGUCUAAACCAGUGCCGGCCACCAAGCUAAACACCUUGACCCGCUCCAUGGCAGGCCCAUGUCACUCCAAAUAUGACCUCAUGGCCUUCUUUGAGAUCUGUGAGCUGGAGGCCAAUGGAGACUAUAUCCCUUCAGUGGUGGACCACAGAGGUGGCAUGCCUUGCCAUGGAACCUUCCUCCUUCACCAGGGCAUCCAGAGGAGGAUCACAGUUACCAUAGCACACGAGACAGGAAAUGACGUAGAGUGGAAGGAGGUCAAGGAGCUGGUGGUGGGGCGUAUCCGGAAUACUCCGGAGGCUGACGAGACCAUCAUUGACCCAAACAUCCUCUCCCUCAACAUCUUGUCUGCAGGCUACGUCUGGCCCUCGUAUGACGACAAUGUUUCCCUGGGAAUUGACCAUAGGACGUUUUACCGGUUUGAGGCAGCAUGGGACAGCUCCAUGCACAACUCCCUCCUUUUGAACCGCGUCACUCCCUAUGGAGAGAAGAUCUACAUCACCCUCUCAGCCUACCUAGAGAUGGAGAACUGCACCCAGCCGACGGUGAUCACCAAAGACUUCUGUAUGGUGUUCUACUCCCGUGACGCCAAGCUUCCUGCCUCUCGCUCCAUUAGAAACCUUUUCAGCACCGGCUGCCUAAGGCCCUCAGAGAGUAACCGUGUCACUGGAGUGUAUGAAGUCAGUCUCUGCCAUGUCGCUGAUGCCGGAAGUCCAGGUAUGCAGCGGCGGCGCAGGCGCGUCUUGGACACCUCAGUGGCGUACGUCCGUGGAGAGGAGAACCUGGCUGGGUGGAGGCCCCGUAGCGACAGCCUCAUCCUGGACCACCAGUGGGAGCUGGAGAAACUCAGCCUGCUGCAGGAGGUAGAGAAGACCAGGCACUACCUGCUGCUGCGGGAGAAACUAGAGGCCACCCUGGCCGCGGGGCAAGACGCGCUCUGCAAGAGUGGCGACAUCAGCGACUUUGCUAAGAGCCCCAUCCUCAGCUACAGCCCCGGGGGCAGUCCCGCCCUGGAAAGCCCCAGCCAGAGGCAAAGGGAGCUGGCUGCCAAGUGUCUGCGGUUGCUCAUGCAUACAUUCAACAGGGAGUACAGCCAGGUGAGCAGCAGUGCCAGUGAGAGCAAGCUGUCUGAGAUGUCAGCGUCGCUGAUGUCACCGUCCUCUUCUGGUCUGAGCACGCUAACGCCGUCCUCUACUUGCCCCUCAUUGGUGGAGGGACAUUAUGACAUCAGACACAUUGAGCCCAGCUCUGGAGCUUCAACCCCAGACCUGGACCCCUUCAGCCCUGUAGAUAGGAAGAGGAUCCCGGGUAGAGGCUGCACUUUCGUCCCUGACAUCCAGGAGAUCCGCGUCAGCCCCAUCGUGUCGAAGAAAGGCUACCUGCACUUCCUGGAGCCCCACACCAGUGGCUGGGUGAAGCGCUACGUGGUGGUACGCCGGCCCUACGUCUACCUGUACCGCAACGAGAGGGACAAUGUGGAGCGCGCUGUCAUCAACCUCUCCUCUGCCCAGGUGGAAUACAGCGAGGACAAGCAGACUCUGCUCCGGACUCCAAACACAUUUGCAGUGUGCACCGAGCAUCGUGGAAUACUCCUCCAGGCCAGUAAUGACAAGGAGAUGCACGACUGGCUGUAUGCUUUUAACCCCCUGCUCGCCGGAACUAUCAGGUCUAAGCUCUCCAGAAGAAAGUCAGGCCCAAGGAUGUGAGAGAGAGGAACACAUACGGGAGGGGGGGAGAAAAAAGAAAACAAAAACACAAUCUCAAAGCUCCACUGACCCUCUCCUGUAUACAGCUCAUCUAAACAGCUCUCCCUGUCCUAACAGUGCUCCAUCCUGUCGCUGAUACUUCCCCAAACUGCACUUAAAACCAUCCCAGCUGAUGCCCUAUUUGAAGCCUCUUCCUGGUUACCUGGAACACGCACAGUUUAAACUACCCAUUAAACACCCUUAAUACCCAUGUAAGACUUAACUAACAACCCGACCCUGUGUAGUGGGGCUUACCCCUGCUGGCUGUAUUGUGCCUGGUUGUGACACGCCCCAUUGUCAUGUGCACGUAAACUUUACCGUUAUCUAACAUGCUAACAGUCCCCAUAGGGUUUAUCCAAACAAAGAGAAACGGUAUAGUGUAUAAGUCUUAGUCCAAGUUGUUAUCAGUUUCAAUGGCCUGCUACUUACUACCGCCCCACUCUGACUGUACAUUAAACCCCAGAUCAAAACCACUCAUGUAUUUCUUAUAAACACUGUAGACUGAUAAGAAAAAUACUAAUGGUGACAUGGUAUAUUCCCUUUUCUAGUCCUCUCAUAAGAGAUAUCUGUUUCUGUGUGUGUGUUCUCGUGUUAAAACAGCAUAUCCACAUUUACCUCAUGUUGAAAUGGCUGCCAGUCGCAAACUGGAACUCGUUGUCGUUGUAUCUGUUUUUAUCCAAGGUUUUAGACAGUAUAGGAUGAACGUAAAUAUAUAUCCAGGUUUUGGACAGUAUACAGUGGGAUAGAAGUGGGGUAUUGUAAUAGUUGGAUAAUGUAAUGGACAGAUUAGGGUACUGGGGAUAUGAUAGGGCAAUAGGAUGACUCUUUGCCUUCCAUGCUUGGAGAAUGGCGAGUUCACUGUGUUGACAUUUCAUAGUAACAUGUUUGUAGAGCAUUAGGCAAUAUAAUACGCCACCUGCCUGACUCACACUGGAGAGCAAUGUGUCCUUGACCGUUUACAUAUUCUUUGUGUAUAUACAUUAUUUAUUUGUUAUUUUAGUUUUCAUUUAUAUAUCACUGACCAGUUUAAUUUAUUUGUAUGGGAUCACUGACCAGUUUAAUUUAUAUAUCACUGACCAGUUUAAUUUAUUUGUGUAGGAUCACUGACCAGUUUAAUUUAUUUGUGUGGGAUCACUGACCAGUUUAAUUUAUUUGUGUGGGAUCACUGACCAGUUUAAUUUAUUUGUGUGGGAUCACUGACCAGUUUAAUUUAUUUGUGUGGGAUCACUGACCAGUUUAAUUUAUUUGUGUGGGAUCACUGACCAGUUUAAUUUAUUUGUGUGGGAUCACUGACCAGUUUAAUUUAUUUGUGUGGGAUCACUGACCAGUUUAAUUUAUUUGUGUGGGAUCACUGACCAGUUUAAUUUAUUUGUGUGGGAUCACUGACCAGUUUAAUUUAUUUGUGUGGGAUCACUGACCAGUUUAAUUUAUUUGUGUGGGAUCACUGACCAGUUUAAUUUAUUUGUGUGGGAUCACUGACCAGUUUAAUUUAUUUGUGUGGGAUCACUGACCAGUUUAAUUUAUUUGUGUGGGAUCACUGACCAGUUUAAUUUAUUUGUGUGGGAUCACUGACCAGUUUAAUUUAUUUGUGUGGGAUCACUGACCAGUUCAAUUUAUUUGUGUGGGAUCACUGACCAGUUCAAUUUAUUUGUGUGGGAUCACUGACCAGUUUUGUCGCAUGGUACUUUAUUCUUGCAUUAUAUUCUCUUGAGUUGAUGUCUGUCCCAUUCACUCAGUUGUUUUUAACCAAAGCAGUCCAAUCUAUUUAAAAUAGUGAAGAGAUCCUCUGUCAUGUAGACUUGAAAAAAUGUCUCCUAGGUUUUAGUGAGAUAUUAAUGUAAUAUCUACGAUUCUGCUAUUGGCCCUGAAUGUAUGUUUAUAAGUUAAAUAUUCCACGUGGAUACACUAAGAAUGGCUCCUCUCCAGCAAGAGGAUGUUUAUUGCGUUCUAUGGUGGUGGGUUACUUUGUGUUCUAUGGUGGUGGGUUACUUUGCCUUCUAUGGUGGUGGGUUACUUUGUGUUCUAUGGUGGUGGGUUACUUUGCCUUCUAUGGUGGUGGGUUACUUUGCGUUCUAUGGUGGUGGGUUACUUUGUGUUCUAUGGUGGUGGGUUACUUUGCCUUCUAUGGUGGUGGGUUACUUUGCCUUCUAUGGUGGUGGGUUACUUUGCCUUCUAUGGUGGUGGGUUACUUUGCCUUCUAUGGUGGUGGGUUACUUUGCCUUCUAUGGUGGUGGGUUACUUUGCCUUCUAUGGUGGUGGGUUGCAGUACAUUGAAUAAUUUAAAAGAACCCUGUGAUUAUACUCUAUUGAUAAGUUACUGGGAUAUUUUUGACCUUUUUUCCACCAGUCGAGUUGUCUGAAAGUGCAUCGCUAUGCACCAGGUAGUGCCUCCCUUUCUCCACUUCGCUCUCUCUCUCUCUCCUGUUUUUCAUCCAAUCCACACUUUAGUAUCGUUGACGUCCACCACAUUAGCUCAAUGGGACAUGUAUUGAAGCAAGCUUUUAUUUACUCUGAUGCUAUGAACCUAAUAUUGAUGCCGUGUGUCCAUGUGAUUCUAUCCAUUUUGACUAAUAUGUGUACAGUCUAUAGGCUACACUAGCUUCUUGUGUAAAGUAGCAGCUAACCUCCUCUGCUUUGCUUUUGUAUAGCUGUUUUACAGCCUGAUGCUUGUGUCAGAAACCUAUACAGUAUGUAGAUGUUAUGAAGUCGCACAUCCUGGGGACUUUGGCUGUGGUUUAUUGUCGCUGUGACUAUUCUUUCACACCCAGAUGACCACAAACUGCUAUCUGAAACGAGAGUAGUCCAAAGUGAAUCAAGGUGGCACUGCCGACUGAAGCAAAGUGACUCUUUAGUACCACCUUGGUCUAGCAGCCGUAGGAGAUGGACAAUUUCAAACUGAAGUGGCCUGUUGUCUCAUAGUCUGAGUGUUCUAUGCUUUUGUACGUCCUUUUGCUUUAUUGAAAACCAAGCGUUAGUGUUGUGUUUACAGCAACAUCAUGUGUGAGUGCAGCAGACCAGCCAUGGCCAGACAGCCAAUUGGAUCAUGUCCUACGGUUGUUCCUUGUUUGUAUGGCGAGGUUCGUGUUUUUGGUCAAACACAAUUCUCCCAUCUAACACACAGUGUUGGGUUUUUAUGCAUGCCUCAGGCCUGCCAACCUACAGAGCAUGCUCAGAUAGCCACAGCAAGGGAGCAACAUGCAAGACAUGGCAUACUCACACAUGAUUUUCCUCAAAUAAUAUUAAUAAGCGCUUAUAUCGUCAAUUAUGAACAUAUCUUCUUAUAUCCUUCCUACAAGGAAUAUAUUGCGUACAUACUGCAGUGCAAUAAUUGAGAGUUGAUUGGUUUCAGUGGAAAAUCACACGGUUCUUUGGUUUCUGUUUCUAGAAUGCUAAAACUUAAAUACAACCUAUCACAAGAUAUAUACUAUGAACUAAUUAAAUUUACAACCUAUCUCUGGGUUUCAUAUUGUGGAGCUGUUUUUUUUAAAUUUUUUAACAUUUUAGUCAUUUAGCAGACACUCGUUUCCUGAGCGACUUACAUGAGCAAUUAAGGUUAAGUGCCUUGCUCCAGGUCACAUCGACAGAUGGUUUUUUCUCACCUUGUUGGCUCGGGGAUUCAAACCAGCAAUCUUUCGGUUACUGGCCCAACGCUCUUAACUACUAGGCUACCUGCCGACCCGGUUGUGGUCAUCUUGGUGUGUGUCGUAUGCAACUUUUUUUUUUUACUUUGGUGUACACUGGUAUGCCACUAUUUUGCCUGCUCAACCAAUGGAAGAAAAGAAAGCUUUAUUUAUGAAUUCUUGUUUCUAUUUGGAGGUGGAUUACGUGAGUAAGGAAUAUUAGGGCUAUUGAAUUGUCAUCCAAGUAUAAUUUAUUGUACUUAUCACAUCAUCAUUUAUCAUAUUAAAAAUGUACAGAAUGCAUAAGAUUGUUUGGGGGUUACAAUAUUAUCCCUCAAAAGAAGGAGAUGUUGUUUUGUUUGAAACUGUACUAUUGUCGCUUUAUCGUUUAGCGUCUACUAACUCUUAACUCUACUUCUUAAAACUAGGAUACUUCUUAAAACCAGGGUACUUCUUUAAACUAAGAUGCUCCUUAAAACUAGGAUGCUUCUUAAAACUAGGGCACUUCUUAACGCUAGGAUACUUCUUAAAACUAGGGUUCUUCUUACAGCUAGGAUAUAUGAAGUUCCAUCCUCAAGGAAGAAGUUAAAACGAUGCAUUUGAAGUUCCGUGAGCCGGCUAUAUAUACAAAUACAGAUGGAUUCUGUUACUGCUUUGACAGCUUUUUUAUGUAGCAUUACAUUUCCCGGAUCCAAGCAUGUGGAUCUGCCUCUUCUUCACCCUGCUCUCUCUUUCCCUCACUGCUUGCUAAUGACGCCCUAUCCCCCUCAGUGCAGCUUUGUAUAGAAACAGACCCGUAUACUAAACGCCCGCCUAAAUGACUCUGCAUUGAACUUGACAUUUGAUUGGCUCUUGUCUUGUCAAUAAUGAACCUGAUUGGCUGUGGUGGGUCCGAUCGCACAGAUGUAACCCCCGUUCCAUAAUAACUGGCCUGUGAUAUCAUCUCAGUGCUCACGUUAUCUUUUGAGUGUUGGAGUUCUAGUGUCUUCUAAUGUUUGUGGACACGUCAACAAUUUGUCAGAAUAAAGUGAAAUAAAUGUGGAACUUAUGCAACA